UUCGCAGGCGGAAAGCUUUGCCCCACGGUGACCGAAUGGCUUUGCAAUGAAAAAGCUGAGACUUCAAGCUCGUGGGUGAAGCCGCUGUGCCUCUCACUGUGCUCCUAUAGGGAGCAUCUGUUGCCGUGGUCAUAAAUACAAUUUGAAGUACUGAAUUGCUGAUUGUUUGAUUUAAAGGAGUUUGAGAGUUCAGGGAAGUUUUUGGUCCACCAUGCUUCAGAUUCGGCUUAGCAAGGUUCCCGCUUCUGAAGGUUUAGCAGGGGUGAAACCCUCGCCUGUCGAGACUGUUACAGUUACUUGUCCCGAUCAUCUUGUUCUUGCUGAUCUUCCUGUAGCGAAGGGCAUAGGUUCAGCAACUGCUACUUCACUGGUGAAGACUCUUGGACGUAGAUCUCGCCGCCAAUGUGGUGAUUGUGUCCACUUCUGUGUUCGUUGUGACUUCCCAAUUGCAAUCUAUGGACGGCUGAGCCCUUGUGAGCAUGCCUUCUGUCUUGAUUGUGCUAGGAGCGAUUCAAUAUGCUACCUGUGUGAUGAACGAAUCCAGAAAAUUCAGACAAUCAAAAUGUUAGAAGGAAUAUUCAUCUGUGCAGCUCCUCACUGUUUCAAGUCUUUCUUGAAGAAGUCAGAAUUUGAAAUGCAUAUCCAAGAUGUACAUGCUGACCUUCUCCGGCCCAAUGUAGAUAAAGAAGAUGGAAAUGAGUCAGAGACAAAUAGUGUUCGGCAAUCUGCAAUGUCAGAUGCUUCUGCUCGAGCUCCCCAAAGGCCUGUUUUCUCUCCUGGUUCAAAUUCCCAGCUACCUGAUCGAGAAGACAAGGCGGGUCAACAACCACCAAGAGAUCAACCACCUUCAAGGCCGACUCUGCAGCCAAAGCCACCAUCUUUUGGUCAAGUUCAAAAUCACUCUGCAGAUCUCCAGUCUGGCUCUAAUGGAGGUAUUCCCCAGGGCUUCUAUCAACAAAGUUCUGAUAUGCAGCGACCUCUGCAAGAACCUUCCCAGUUUCCAGACAGGCAUCGAGGAGUCACACCGGAGACACCACUCCCUGAUUAUCCACCCAUGCAUUCGUCCCAGACACCCAAUUUCGCAGUGCCAGUUAAUGCUAACCCAAUGUUGAAUCCUCCAGUGCCAUUUGGUUAUCCUCCUUACCCGCCACAUGAGGGAGCUCCGCCAUUUUAUGUGAACCCGUAUGAUAUGCGCCGGCAGGACUCAGCUUCUGAAGGAGGUGGAGACCAGAGUUCCUUACUUGGUUUUCCGCCGGGUGCUGCAGCUGGCACUAAUUUUCCAGCAAAUUAUCCCCAGCCCUUGAAUGCAGGAGCUGGGGGCCUACCUUUUGAACAAGGGCACAGUGGUAUGGCUAUGGAUCCACGAGACGCUAAAGGAAUGUUGGCACCACAUUCCAUGCCCCUCCCACCUCCUCCUCCACCACCAUUGCCGCCCAUGUCCCAUCUGAACCAGAAAUAUUAUUCUGGUGAGUUCGGGCAUAAUGGACAUGGUUAUGGUUGGCAGCAUGACAAUCGUGAAACCUUUGGUGGUCAGGACUAGUGGGCUCCGGGUCACGAGUCCUAGCCCACGAGUCCUUCGUUCUUAUUGGUGUUAUCUAGUAAUCGUUCAUGCGCCCAUUGGUAAUGAAUUUUGUGUUCAAGACUGAAAAACGAAAUAUGCAAUAUAUAAUUAUUUAGUUUAUGCAAUAUUUUAUUCAUUUUUAAA